AUGGGCGUCAUCGCAGAGAGAUACUUUUCGAGUGGCUACUACGACGACGGCUACUACUACUACUCGCCCUGGGAUCGCUGGGGACGCUGGGUAGUCCUCGCCGUCAUCAUCGUCGGCGCCUUUUUCAUCUUUCUCCUCUUUUCGUGCAUAUCUGCCCGCCGCCGCCGUCGCCAGGGUCUGCGGCCUCUAAGGGGUACGGGAUGGGCAGGGAUGGGCCAGCACUACCCUCAGUAUGGCCAGCAGCAGCAGCAGUAUCCCCAGCAGUACCCUCAACAGCAACAGUACCCUCAGCAGUAUCCUCCGCAGCAAAGUGGCGUUUCCAGCCCUCCUCCUCCUCCUCAGUACGGCGCUGCCCAGGAUUACUACGCACCCCAGCAGACCGGAGUAGAGUUGCAGCAGCCUCCCAACGCCUAUGGACAGACGUACCCCGGCCAAAAGGCUUCUUGA